CUCAAGUGUGGCUUUGCACCGCCGCUUCCACACUUUUUCGGAUUUCAAGCCCCAAAAAAUAUCCCCAACUGGCAAAAUUGUGAGCCCCGUGGAUUUUUGACCUUCCUGCCAAUCUCACCUCUCACGUACCAUAGCACCAUCUUGGGCAUCACCCGACCGGCAAGAUGGCUACCGAACUGACCGUGCAGAGCGAGCGCGCUUUCCAGAAGCAGCCUCACAUCUUCCUCAACAGCAAGACCAAGGUCAAGUCUGCCCGUCCGGGUAAGGGUGGCCGGAGAUGGUACAAGGACGUCGGCCUGGGUUUCCGUACCCCCGCUGCCGCCAUUGAGGGCCAGUACAUCGACAAGAAGUGCCCCUUCACCGGCCAGGUCUCCAUCCGCGGCCGUAUCUUGUCCGGUACCGUCGUUUCCACCAAGAUGCACCGCACCAUCAUCAUCCGUCGCGAGUACCUUCACUUCAUCCCCAAGUACAACCGUUACGAGAAGCGCCACAAGAACCUCGCCGCCCACGUCUCCCCCGCUUUCCGUGUUGAGGAGGGUGACAAGGUUACCGUUGGCCAGUGCCGUCCCCUUUCCAAGACUGUCCGCUUCAACGUUCUCCGCGUCCUUCCCCGCACCGGCAAGUCCGUCAAGAAGUUCGCCAAGUUCUAAAUGCAGUCUAUGAGAGUGCUGAAGGGUGGGGGCUUUUCGGAAUUGAGCAUUUCUGGCGCGGUUCUUGCUUUGAGGGCUUGUUAAAUCAGUUACAAUGGGCCGGUCCGGCAGGGGAAAACUGCACGAAACAGUACACAAGUAAAAAUGUGUCAUAGAGGCAGUGCCGACUGAAUGAAAUCCGCCGAAUGAACUUUGACGAAGAGUCAAAACAAAAUGGAUAUGAUACCUUGUUUCGGUGGUUUUGGCAACACUUCAUGAGCCCAUACGUUGU